ACUUUGAAGGAUGCCGGCACACAUACGGAAGUUGCGUCACUACAGUACCAAUGUGCUAACGCUAAAGUACUUGGAAACAAAAGUGGUGUGCAGUCAUGUGGCUUGUAUUGUGGACCGGGUUGCGAACCUACGCGCCUUACGUCACCUUCCCCGUGGCCUUCAUGGUCGGAGCAGUGGGCUACCACCUGGAGUGGUUUAUCAGGGGGACGCCCAAACCCCGAGAGGACGAGAAAGGCGUCCUGGAGCUGAGGGAGGAGCGAAAGCUGCAGGAGCAAGUCGGCCAGGACGGCACUCAGGUGCUCAGUCUGAAGGAGAAACUGGAGUUCAUGCCUACAGCUGCUCUCAACAGGAACCGACCUGAGAAGAGCUAACUCGUGUCAGGUUGACAGACUCACAUUUGCAGAUUGUCACCUUGAGGACGACACUCGGGAAUCAAAGUGGGGGGUGAAGUGGAGGACAAAACCACCCAUUCUAUUCACGUCAGCUCCACUUCCUGACUUGUGACUUCCUAUAAGCCCAAGCUUAAACAAGACUAGCAGAGACCGUUUAGAAGCUGGAGCUUAAUUAACUGUGGGAUUGUGUAAUAAUACGGUGCACCAGCUUGAUGAUGCACUGUAACGAUAACACCAUGUUUAUUCAUCUUUCUGGUGGUUCUGAUUUGAUCUUAUGGCGGUUGUUUGUUCUUCUGUCAGCUGGUGCAGCGUAAAGACGGACAUCGUCCUCUUCAUGUUCGCUUACAGCCGUAAUGACCCCGACUCAUGUGACCUUCAGGUUUUAAACGUGCCGCACUGUUCGUCCUUUAUUCUUUUCUGUCGAGAAGGGACUUCUGAUUACGAUGAAGAAAGACGACCGUUAUCAUUUUCUACAACCUUUGGUAAAACGAUAUAAGUGAUGGUUUUGGAUAUUUCUGCAGUUUUUUUCAGCUGCUUGGGCGGAACGUUUGGUGUGAGCACCACACGACUGUGAUCUUAGAAAGUCUGGAUUCUCAGCACAUCCCAGAAAACAUCAGAAUUGUGAUUUUAUAGUAAUAAUAAUGAACACAUAAAUGUGGUUAUAACA